UUACAAGGUGCAAUGGAUGUGCUUUGCAAUAGCUUAGUCGCAAGAAGAGUGCAUUGGAGAUUAUUAUGUAAACACUGCACGUAUUUCAGCGUUAUUUCCUGCUAUGUGGAGGGAUGGGAGGGGAAGGUAAUGGUAACCUUCCCAUCAGCCUCUAGUGUUAAAUUUUAAACAUGGCGGCAGAAUUGCAUUGCGGGGAAACUCCUCACAAGUUUGAAGUAGAAAGCAAAUUUCGUGUGCCACCAGGCUUUGAGAAACUUGCUAAGGCAAAAGGAGCAAAACUUUUGCAACAAACUACAUUCACUGAUGUGUACUUUGAUGCUGUAAAUCACGAGCUUACAUUGACAGGCCGUUGGUUGAGGAAACGUGAUAGCAACUGGGAACUUAAAAUUCAGAAACUGAAAAAUGACCUCCGGAUCGAAAGCAACUGUGAAAUUGAAGACGAGGGAGAGAUUGUCAAGGAACUUCUUAAAACACUGACAGCUCGUUAUUCAAAUGUUCUUAGGGAUUGCACAUCUGUUGAGGACAUUAUACAAAGCACUUGUUGCAAACAGAUUGCAUAUUUUACAACGCGUAGGACUGUGUUUGAGAUGCCAAACGGAGUUUUGAUCGACUUAGAUCGAGCAAGUUUUGGCUAUCAAGUCGGAGAGCUGGAGGUCGUUGUUGUAAAUGAAAAGGACAUUGAGUUGGCCAAAGAAACUAUUCAGAAAACUGCAAGACUUCUUGGUAUAGAGUGCAGAAUUGCUGUUCCUGGCAAAUUGGAGGAGUAUCUUUCACAAAAUUGUAGAAGUCAUUAUGACCAGCUGGUUAAAAAUGGAUGUUUUAUAGACCGGGCCAUGUUAGACCAAUGAGGCUAAAACUAGUGAUAGGUAAGAGUGAUCUCUGUACAUGUACAUGUAAUUUCACCUUACAAGUUGAAAAAGAAAAACAGAAAUGCUAUUAAUUAGUGAAUUUAAAAUGACCCAGACCCACUGUGGUAUCCAACAUGUUCUGACAUUAUACAACCAGGUCUUGGGAAACAUUUGCCUGGUUGACCAACUUUUGUAUGUUGUCUUUAAAAUGAAACACAAUAAGGAAACAUCAGGAAGAUUGAUAUGACCUUAACAUCAAAUGCUAUCUCAAGGGGUUAUCUUCCAGAGAAAGUUUCUCAGAACAGCAUUUGCAAACACUCUGAAAAACAAAAUCUGAAGAAAGCCGUCAGCCCACUUACAAUGUGCUCCCCCUCCCUUCCUUCCAAGCCUCUACAAUCUUGGACAGAAUAAAAAGGAACAAUUAACCCCCUUCCCCUCCCCCCAAAGCAAUGACGAAGGCGUGAAGGAGCAAAAACACACCAUUUUGGCAUCAUUGAAAUGGGGAGAGGGGUGGUCCAGGUGUUCCAUUUAUUUUGUCCAAGAUUGUAGGUACACAAAGGAUUCCACAUCUUCCACCUCCUCUCCUUCUAUCCUGAU